GGCCGGAGGCGAGCCGGGGCGGGGCUGCGGUUGCGGUCCUUGCGCCCGUGGCUGCCGAGGCGCAGGCGGUGGCGAGUGGAAAUCUCUGGAACAUUUGGAUAAUGUGACAGUUGCGAUGCAGUGAUGUCGACUCUCUGUCCGCCACCAUCUCCAGCUGUUGCCAAGACAGAGAUUGUAUUAAGUGGUGAAUCACCUUUACUAGCGGCUACCUUUGCUUACUGGGACAAUAUUCUUGGUCCUAGAGUAAGGCACAUUUGGGCUCCAAAGACAGAACAGGUACUUCUCAGCGACGGAGAAAUAACUUUUCUUGCUAACCACACCCUAAAUGGGGAAAUCCUUCGAAAUGCAGAGAGUGGAGCUAUAGAUGUAAAGUUUUUUGUCUUGUCUGAAAAAGGAGUAAUUAUUGUUUCUUUAAUCUUCGAUGGAAACUGGAAUGGGGAUAGGAGUACAUAUGGACUGUCAAUUAUACUCCCACAGACGGAACUUAGCUUCUAUCUCCCACUUCACAGAGUGUGUGUUGAUAGAUUAACACACAUUAUUCGGAAAGGAAGGAUAUGGAUGCAUAAGGAAAGGCAAGAAAAUGUUCAGAAGAUUGUCUUAGAAGGCACAGAGAGAAUGGAAGAUCAGGGUCAGAGUAUUAUUCCAAUGCUUACUGGGGAAGUAAUUCCUGUAAUGGAACUGCUUUCAUCAAUGAAAUCACACAGUGUUUCUGAAGAAAUAGAUAUAGCUGAUACAGUACUCAAUGAUGAUGAUAUUGGUGACAGUUGUCAUGAAGGCUUCCUUCUCAAUGCCAUCAGCUCACACCUACAAACAUGUGGCUGUUCUGUAGUCGUGGGUAGUAGUGCAGAGAAAGUGAAUAAGGAUUCAACUGGAAGCUUUGUGCUACCCUUCCGGCAAGUCAUGUACGCUCCCUAUCCCACCACGCACAUAGAUGUGGACGUCAAUACUGUCAAGCAGAUGCCACCCUGUCACGAACAUAUUUAUAAUCAGCGUAGAUACAUGAGAUCAGAGCUGACAGCAUUCUGGAGAGCCACUUCAGAGGAAGACAUGGCUCAGGAUACGAUCAUCUACACAGAUGAGAGCUUCACUCCUGAUUUGAACAUUUUUCAAGAUGUUUUACAUAGAGACACUCUAGUAAAAGCCUUCCUAGAUCAGGUCUUCCAUUUAAAACCCGGUUUAUCUCUCAGGAGUACUUUCCUUGCACAGUUUCUACUCAUCCUUCACAGAAAAGCGUUGACAUUAAUAAAAUAUAUAGAAGAUGAUACGCAGAAGGGGAAAAAGCCCUUUAAAUCUCUUCGGAACCUGAAGAUAGACCUUGAUUUAACAGCAGAGGGCGAUCUUAACAUAAUAAUGGCUCUAGCUGAAAAAAUUAAACCAGGCCUACACUCAUUUAUCUUUGGGAGACCUUUCUACACUAGUGUACAAGAAAGGGAUGUUCUGAUGACUUUUUGAAUGUGUAGCUUGUUAAUUAUGUUUCAUCACAAUCAUGAUCGCUGUUAAAGUAGCUCAGUGGCGUGGGGAAUGUCAUUCCCUCUGGUCAUGCCCCCAGAGUCCUACUCAGCAAUUGCAGUUAAAGGUUACUUACACUACAGUUGUCAGAGAAAUCUGUAAGGGAGUGUCAGCUGCAUCGUGAGAAUGGAUGCCUCUUUUCCUGGGUGAACUCUCUUGGGAUACAGACUUAUGUUUACAAUUAUAAUAAAAAUUACUGCUAUCUUUUAAAGAUAAAAUGGUAAUAGGAUAUAAACUUGACCACAACUGCUGUUUUUCUGAAACUUAUGAUUCAUGGUUUACAUAUAUCAAAGUGAAAUCUGGGUUAGCUUUAACUAGAUAGAAUACUAGUUGACUUUCCAUCUUUUAGUGUUCCUUGGUGUGUGAUUUUUGCUGUAAUACUUUUGCAGUCAACUGAAAAUGAGUGCAUAUGAAUCAUUUACCGUUCCACAGAAAGGAAGUCAUCUUGAACAUAGGUUAAGCUUUAGAAAGAAGAUAUUGAUCAAGCAGAUGUUUAAUUGAAAGUAAUGAUUAGACCCUGUUUUGUAGACUUGGUCUCUAGGAUUCAGUCUGUUUAGAAAUGUCGGGCGCUGUGUAUAGUCCCUGAUUGUGGUGAACCACAGUCAGGUUAUUUUGUUUGUUUUAUUGUUAUGGGUGUUAAUUAUCCUGUAUAGCUGAGCGCUGUCCAAGAAAAUAUAGGUAAUUGGAUUUUAUGUUUUAGGAGUUGUUGCCACUUUUAAAAUUAAUUUUUAGUAGUUUUGAGCCAAACUGAACUGUGCACCUCCUGUGCCUUUUUUUCCUUGGAAAAUAUGAUUACUUGGAAGAAGUUUAGAUUUCAGUAGUCAGUCAUUUUCAUCUUGUUUUCCUCUUGCACAUUCUUGCCUUGUACCUGAUUUUGGCAAUCAUUGUAACUUGGAGAUUGUAAAAUGCAGUAGAGAAGAUACUAGCUAGUAAGAUCUUUUUUCAGGAAAAGAGAACAGUUUCUGCCCGUAUUUUUUAACUUGUUGCCAUGUGUGUUUGCCUGCAUCAUAUGAGGAAUAGCUGGAGGAACUUUACUAAAGUGCUACUUUACGAGGUGCUACUUUGGCAGAACUAAGUGGUCUGUUUCUUUUAUUUCCUUAAUGUGUUUGGACCAUUUUGCUAGCUAUAAAAUAACUAACAUAUUUUUGUGCUAGAACAGAGUUGACAUAUUGUACACAAACACAGAUAUUUUUAUUUAAAACUGUGGAAGUAACGCAAAAGGGAAAAAAUGUUUCUAAGAAACGGAUAAAAGUGAUAGACACCCCCAUGCCUACAUCCGCCAAAUGUAACCAAAAAGAACACAUUCUGUUCUGAAAAGUCAUAAUAGCCUUUCACAUCGUGAAUAAGAAAGGUACAGGCAUCUUGGGUUUUAGACUUACACUGAACUAGAUGACUGAUUUCAGUAUUUGCUCAGUCAUGAAAAAGUUAAUAAUAGCACCUUAUACUGUCCUAUAGUUAGUGCUUUUUACAGAAUAGAUUUCUUAUUUAAAUACUGACUGAUUAUUUUAUUUUGCUGGUUUUAUUCUACUGUCACACAGAAUGCAAGUUGUACAGUGAAAUAAGUUAUUAGAGCAUGUGUAAACAUUGUUAUGUAUCUUUUCUCCUAGAUGGAGAAUUUUGAAUAAAAUGUCUUAGAAAUUCUGUCUCUUCGAGUUAUUUAUUCGGGAAAAGCAAUACCGUGAUAUUAGAAGAUGAUUAGCUUCUGUCUUGUAUCUAAACCAUUUCUUUUCUUAAUUUUGUCUUUUGAAAGAAAAUAUAUUUAGAAAUUUUCUAUAAUAGUGGAAUCUUGUGUUUAGGGGAAAAAAAACUUUCUGCUUAACUUCUAGGGUUGCAUUUUAAUUUUUUUAAAGUAUGAAUAUUUCAAAUGGAAAAUCAUACUUAGCUAAAUUCUUUUUUAAAAAAUUCCUGUUAUAAUAAUAUUAACAUGACCCAAAUUGAAGUUAUUCAUUCCAUGUAUCCAGUACAGGUGUUCAGAGUAAAAGUGUAAAGAAUGUAAACACUUUAUAAAACAAGAAAUAAAAUUUACGUUUUUCACUCCAGGAAAAAAGUGUCAUUUGUGAGUCUAACUGUUGAAGUAAUUCUUUAAAAGAAGAUUGAUUCAUUAUAUUACUGAGAGUCUCAAAGAUGAAAGCAAAACAUCAUAUAAUGCUAUAAAGUAAAUAUAAGACAGUUACUUCUUUCAUAUAUUUUUAUAAUGCUGGGGUUAAACAGAAAGAUAGUGAAAUCUUAUCUAGCACACUAUUUUGGUUUGGGUGUACAGUUGUACAAAGUAAUAUUUUUCCUAGAUCUGCAGCGUAUAGCUUAAAGUUAUAAAAUAGUUAACCACCUCAGUUAACACACACCACCCACUGGACAUUCUCAAUCAUCACAAUACACUAUAAAGCAGGUAUUUUUUUCAUUAUCUGGAUGAGGAAACUAAAGCUUAAAGAAGUAAAGUAUGUUGCCUAAGGUCAUACAGCUGUUGAGUAGUAAAGUUGGGUUUCAAGCCAGGCAGUUUCACUGGCUGCCAUGCAGCCCAGCACCUAGCACCGUGCCUCCGUAUAGUAGUACUCGUGUUAUUAACUGAAAGAAGGGAAAUGUAAGUAUUGAGGGCCUACUAACAUUCUACAGUGCCCAAGUGUGAAUCCUUGUUAUGCUGCCUGGGGAAGUUACUUAAACUCCCUGAAGCUCAUUUUUUAAAUAUUUAAAAUGAGCAGAGGGAUGAUAAUAACUACCUCACAUGAUCUUUUAAAAAAUUUAAGGGGUUUGUCUCAGUACCUGACAGGUACUUAAUGCCUGCUUUUUUUGUCCAGUCUGCCAGUCUCUACCUUUUAAUUGGGGGUGGCAUUAACAUUUAAUAGCAUUAAGAUUUAAUGUGAUUAUUGAUACAGUUAGGUUAAAUCUCUCAUCUUGCCGUUUGUUUUCUAUAUGUUCCAUUGUUCUUUGUUCCUUUUUUUCUUCUUUUUCUGCCUUCUUUUGCAUUACUUGAGUAUUUUUUUAUAGUUCUGCUUUAUUUCCUUUGUUGGCUUGUUAGCUGUAACUUUGUUAUUUUCAUGACUGCUUUAGGGGUGUAAUGAGACUCCCUGGGUGGUGCAAGUGAUUUUUCUUUUCUUUGGUUAGGGUUAUAAUAUACAUCUUAUCAGUCUGUCUUUAAGUGAUAUACCAUUUGAUGUGUAGUAUAAGAAAGAGUAGUAUACUUUCAUUUCUCCCUUUUCACCUUUGUGCGGUUGUGGUCACAUAUUUUACUUCUACAUAUGACAUAAACACCAAAAAUCUAAACCAAACCAGUUGCCAUCUAGUCAGUGAUGAUCCCGUGUGUUUCAGAGUAGAACUCUACUGCAUAGGAUUUUCAGUGGCUGUGAUCUUUCAGAAAUAAAUUGCCAGGCCUUUCUUUCAAGGCACCUCUUAAGUGGAUUCAAACCACCAACAAUACAUGAAGCAAAAACUGAGAGAACUGUAAGAAGAAAGACAUCCAUAAUAAUUGUCAGAUUUAAAUAUUUCUUCUCAACAAUGUUUGCUAGAACAAGAAAACAGAAAAUCAGUAAGGAUAUAGAAGACUUGAACAACACUAUCAACCAACUUGAUGUAGUUGACAUUUUAUAGAGUACUCAACAACAGAAGAUUAUACAUUCUUUCUUGGAGACAUGGAACAACAAGAUGGACCAUAUUCUGAGUCAUAAAACAAGUCACAAUAAAUUUAAAAGGAUUCAAGCCAUACAAAACAUGUUCUCUGAUCACAAUGGAGUUAAAUUAGAAACCAAUAACAGAUAUCUGGAAAAACUUUAAAUAUUUGGAAACUAAAUAGCACUUUUAAAAGAUUAGGUAAUUUCCAAAUUGUGUGUGUGUGUUUGGAGGACAAGCAAGAAUGAGUUCAGGGAGCAGGAAGAGAGAUAGCAGAGUGUUGUGGAAUGAUUUUUCUAAAGAGUGAAACUAAUCCUGCUUUGAUGUCUCUCCCCACUACAGUCCAUUCUUCACAUUAAUAACAGUAUGAUCCUUUAAAAUCUGAUUAUCACUUCUGCUUUAAAUGACUUUCCAUCAAGUCCAGAAUCCUUGAGACAAAAUAUUCAUCUCUUUCCACCAGUCUGUGUAGUAUGUAUUUCUUUUGUUGCCUUUAUUGCGUUAUUCCUUUGGUUGUCUGUCUUCCCCUUUAGUUUAGAGGGGAGGAUCCAUGUGUUUCAUUUUUUGCAUGCCAGUAUGCUGGGCACAGGGCAUGCUUCCAGUAAAUAUUAGUUUAAUGAAUAUAAUAUGAAACAUUCUUUUCUGUGUCUUUUCCAAAGAGAAGAUUCAUUCCUUGCAAAUUGGGAUAAAUGCUUUCUUUGUAAUCAGAAACUUUUUUUUUUCUUUCUGAAAGUCCUUCAUUAAAAUUGAGCCUAUGCACAACCUAGCUCUAAAAUUUCAAAGACCUUAGGCAGUGAUUUUCAAUCUUUUUGAAGUAGUAACACCCUAUCAUUUUCUGUUUCUGCAUUUGUGCCUCACUAUUUAGUCUCUUGCUGAAAUGUUCUUUUUAAAUUAACUGCUUGAUGAAUUGCUAAGCAGUUUUCAUCAGACUAAUUAGGACAAUGGUAAGUAUCCAUCUGUGGAGCGUGGACAUUCAAGAAAUCUGAUCCAGUAUUUAGAAACUCAUUCCUGAGCUUAGAGUUGGCUCAAACUGGCACCUUCUGGCAUUUGCUUGUGGGUGAGAAAUGUGGAAUGCUUUGAAAGCUGAAUGGGUUUGUCAAGUUUUAAAACUCCCUUAUGGCUAAAGCAAAACAACAUUCAUUGUUUGUUUGUUUUUUCUGCUUUUCUGUUCUUUGGAUCCUGGAUCUGCAAAAACACUUACACCCAGCAUUUUGCUUCAUGUACCUCUCCUAAGAUGCUUCUGAAGAUGUGAGUGAUGUGGAAAUCUUUUUAUUGUGAUUGUCCAGGAUGUUCAGAACAAAUGGAAAAAGUCAGCUUUAAUGCUUGUGAUGAAUUUUAUGGAGAAGGACCAUAUUUCUGCUUGUCAUUGCAGGCAUAUAGUAGAGUAGUUACGAGCAUGGGUCCUGGGGCCAGAAUAAACCAAAAAAAAAACCCAAAGCUGUUGCCAUCGAUUCUGACCCAUAGUGACCCUAUAGGGCAGAGUAGAACUGCUCCAU